AUGUGGCAUGCUACACCAAGGGACAAACCAAAUUUUCUUCUAUCAAUUGAGUUAGUGCUUCAAGAUGAAAAGGGAGAAAAAAUUUAUGCAACAAUUCCACGAUCUGUUGUCCAUCGUUUCAGAGGAGAAAAAAAUACAAUAAAAGAAAUGAGAUUGUAUCUUAUGAAUACUUUUGUUGCUGAGCCUAACAAUAUGCAUUACAAAACAACUGCACAUAAGUUUAAGCUGGAGUUUACACCCAAGACAAUUGUUGUUGAGACAACUGAUCCAGCUUUUGAUGUCAUCGGACAAGUUGUUUGUCAUGCUGAAAAACAAACUCAUCAGCUUCGAAAUGGUACAACAAGUCAAUUUUUGAAUGUUGUUAUCGAAGAUAAUGAAAGGAAGACAAUUACAGCAACAUUUUGGGGGGAGUUUGUUGAUAAAAUCAUGCCCCACUUGCACAAUUUGAUCGAUGAACCUGUCAUCGUAGUUAUGCAGCUUAUAAGAGUGCAUAAAUUUCAAGAAUUGACUACUGGAACUGUACAAUUUAAAACUAUUAAAGAAUUGCUUGAUUCUGUGCAGGUUGGGCAUUUGUGGAUUCUUGCAAAAAUAGUGAAUUUGAAACUUAAAAACAAUUGGUCAUACCUACGUUGCAUCAAGUGCCAUAAGAGUGUCGAAAAAGUUGCCAAAAAUAUACUUCACUGCAAGAAAUGUGGUCGCGAUUAUCAAACAGCGACUCACAGUUAUAGGGUUCAGAUUAAGGUGCUGGAUGAUACUGGGAUCGUCUCUUUAUUGCUUUGGGACAACGAAGCAAUCACACUCAUUGAAAAAUUUGCUUCUGAAUUAAAAGAUUGUCCGUUAGAGAUUUUUGAUUCUCCGUACGAGUGUUCCUAUCCGAUCGAGCUGGAUGUUCUUCUUGAUAGAAUCAUCAUGUUUAGAUUAUAUGUUAAACAAGAAAAUAUUGAAUCACGUGAUCGAGUCUAUGGUGUUGCGAAGAUCAAUGACGAUGAAGAACUGAUAAAUUAA